AUGACGAAUGGCUUUCAGCCUUGUAAACUUGACAGAAUUAUGGUCAAUGAGGAAUGGCUUUCAGCCUUCCCUUCUUCUCAUGCCAACUUAGACAGCCCAGACAUUUCAGACCACUCCCCCAUCUCUCUAGCUAUUCAGCCCUUCCCUUCCUUUGGCCCCAAACCCUUUAAAUACUUCGACAUGUGGGCCUCUCACCCCUCUUUUUUAACCACAGUUCUUCAGGCUUGGGAAAAACCUGUCACUGCUUUCUCUUCCCCCCUCAUUGCAAUUUCUAGAAAGCUCAAAAAAGUCAAGCAAGUUUUCAAGGAUUGGAAUUCCAAUACUUUUGGGAACAUAUCUAAACAGAUUUUGGAAUGCAAGGACAGACUUGGCUCAAUUCAGAUUCGGCUGCAAUUGGAUCAUUGCAAUGGUGCUUUAGCAGAUGAAGAAAAGGCUUCUCUUGAGCUCUCUUGCUUACUUGCUCGAGAAGAGAGCUUUCCGAAGCAGAAAUCCAUAAUCAAGUGGCUUGAGCUGGGGGACUCUAAUUCUGCUUAUUUUCACAGAUCACUGAAGGCCAAAGUUUAUGCAAACUCCAUUGUUCAUCUUACAGCCCUGGAUGGUUCCAUUGUCUCCACUGUUAAAGGUAUCAAAGACUUGGUUGUUCAGCAUUUCAAGGGCCUCUUCACCAGCUCUCAGUUGGCAUCCCCUCCCAUCCCGAAUGGCCUACUCAACAAAUUCAUCCCCUCGGCCCUCCAUGACUCUUUGAGCUCCAUUCCUAAUGAAGAUCAGAUUGCGGCUGCUUUCCUCUCUCAAGGUUUUGGGAGCCCCAGGCCCGGAUGGCUUUAG